AUGGCUGGAAGCAAAGAUGAACCUUCUCCGGACGAGCUGAGAUCAAAGCGCCAGGCUACAAUGCCGAUACCACCGAGUCCGAAGAAGCCUAGUUUCUUGAAACGUGCCUUUACAUCUCAUAGUCGGAAUAAGAGCAAUACUGGAUCGUCUACACCCACUUCCCAACCUCGCAGUCCUCCUUCGCCACAAUCGCAAGAUCAGGACUCAUCCUCACGGCCUCAGUCCAGUGCUUCACAGACACCUUCAGCCAUCUCAGCGAGACCUUUACCGGACAACGUUGGGACUAGGACCUCGACACCUGAAACACAGUCGUCGCAUCCGAAAGAGGCUUCCAAGGUCGAUUCAGUAACCAGUAGUCGGCCACUGAGCGCAGUGACGCAACCUCAGACUGAGCCUGCCGAGUCGCCUGCUGCAUCCUCCACUACGUUCGAGCACCACGACUCCGAAAAUACCGACACCUCAAGCGCUACCGAGCACGAUGAUACCCAUGCGCAUGACGAUCUUGAUGGGAAAGACGAAACAGAUCCCAGCCGCUCCGACUCGCGAACUUCAGGCAUCAGAUUUCAAAUCGAUGCGGCACCAAUCACACGACUGAAGCACGAGAACUCGAAUUCAGUGCAACGACGGCCUUCCAUCUUCACGAGGAAUGCAGAGCAUGGUCUUCAGGGUGUGAACGAAGGUGUUGGUUCGAAAGCCCGGCGGCUAUCUACGGCUGUGCCGCGUGAUGAUCUGGUCGUAGAUGAGUGUCCACUGGAGACGCACUUCAACUUUGUCAAUCGCAUGCACAAGAAGCCGAUCGGUGAAGGUGGUGCUGCAACAGUCCAACUAAUGAACAGCAAAACAGCAAGCGAAGGUAAAUCGAAAGACAAAGUCUUCGCUUGCAAGGAGUUCCGACCUUGGGAAGAGGAAAACGAAACCCAGGACGAGUACCAGCGCAAGAUCAAAAGUGAAUUCGCCAUCGCCAAAUCUCUUGAGCACCCGAAUAUCGUGCAAACUUACCAAUUAUGCUACUCCGAGCAUUUGAGUAAAUGGAACCACGUAAUGGAAUGGUGCGAAUACGGCGACUUGAACGACAACCUCACAAAAGGCUAUUUCUCCAUGGAAGACAAGAACUGCAUGUUCAAGCAACUGAUACGAGGCGUUGAAUAUAUUCACAGUCGCGGGAUCGCGCAUCGUGACCUCAAAUCCGAGAACCUCCUGCUGAACAAAGACGGCUGUCUCAAAAUCGCCGACUUCGGUACCUCAGAAGUCUUCUCAGGCACACAUCCAGGUUUCCAACGAUGUCGAAGACCAAGCAUAAUCGCCCCUGACGCCCCAAUCCGGGAAUGCGAUCCAGGACUUGUGGGGAGCAGACCGUACAUGGCUCCCGAAGUCCUCGAACACGAAUACCCUUACGACCCUCGAGCGAUAGAUAUAUGGUCCUGCGGUAUCGUCUACAUAACCAUGAUCGUGGUCGGCACACCAUGGGAUGCUGCUCAGCCGAGCGAUAGACGGUACAACGCCUACGCCGGCACAUGGGAUGACUUUAUAGCGAAAUACUCACCCGACUACGACUUUAUUAAAGCUUCCGAAGAGGAAGCUGGUCCCAUGCCCGCUGCCGCGCGCUCUCAAGCGUGGAAGAAGAUUACGAUCUUCGAAGGUUCGACCGUGGUGGGCAAUAUCCGGGCCUUACUUUUCGCUAUGCUUAAUCCAGAUCCCAAGCAUAGAGCUUCGGCGAAACAAAUCCUGGACUCGAAGCCCUUGAUCGAAAUGCCCUGUUGUCAGCAAGCGGGUUAUAGCGAUGAUAUUCUGAAGAGGCAGAGGAAGGCCAUGCAUGUACAUUGUCCUCCCGACAAACGGAAGAAGGGCAAAUCGGGAUAG